ACAGGCCGGCCGUGACAACCUCAUUUUGAACCUCCAACAUCCCCGACUUCACUCACUCACCACGACAUCACGACAUCACAAAACACACCACUCAAAACCUCACCCCAACACCUAGUAACUUCACAUCUAUCGAGUAAUCAAAGAUGAGCUCAACACCCCUCAAAAUCGACCCCACCCGGGCCUCCGCGCUCGUCUCCCAGCUCCAAGGCGUGCAAGACCGCAUCCUCGCCGUCGCCAAAGGUCGCCCCGUCCGGCUCGUCGCCGUGUCCAAGCUCAAGCCCGCCAACGACAUUUUGGCCCUGCACCAGGCUCCCCAAGUCAAGCACGUCCAUUUCGGCGAGAACUAUGCCCAGGAGCUGCAGCAGAAGGCGGAGCUGUUGCCGCGGAGUAUUAAGUGGCAUUUUAUCGGUGGUCUUCAGUCUACCCACUGCAAACCCCUAGCCCGCAUCCCCAACCUCUUCGCCGUCUCCUCCUUGGACUCCCUCAAAAAAGCCCAGACCCUCAACCGCGUCCGCGGCGAACUCAUUGCCUCCUCCUCUUCGUCUGAAGAGCCCAUCGAAAAACUCAACGUCCACGUCCAAGUCAACACCUCGGGCGAGGACUCCAAAUCCGGCUGUUCGCCCGGGCAAGAAACCGCCGAUCUGUGCAAGGCCAUCGUUACGGAGUGUCCGCACCUGAAUCUUUUGGGGCUGAUGACGAUUGGUGCCAUUGCGAGGAGCAAGGCGACGACGCCGGAGAAUGAGAAUGAGGAUUUUCAAGUGUUGAGGGAGCAGAGGGAUUUGGUGGAGCAGGAGCUGGGGCUGGAGAAUGGAAGUCUGGAGUUGAGUAUGGGCAUGAGUGAGGAUUUUGAGGGGGCGAUUGUGAUGGGGAGUGGGGAGGUUAGAGUGGGCAGCACGAUUUUUGGGGAGAGGGGGAGUAAGCAGGAGGCGAAGGUUGUUGUUUAGGGGGGUGGGCUGUGUGCA